GUAAAUUUCGAUUGCAGUUUUAUCAUAAUUUAUUAGAAUUUAUUACUCAUAAAUAACUGUCCAAAUUUUAUGAUAUAUCUACAUAAAUUUUAAAAGAUGAUGCCUUGAAGCUUUCGUAAUGGUAAACAGAAAAUAACUUGAAGUAGUCCAACAAUGAACACCAUUGAAGCAGAUCCGAAUUAUCAAUUAUUUUAUGGUUUCAACGAUCCAGAAGGACAGAAUAUUGCACUAUCCGCUACUAGUAUUAUUAAACCAAUUCCAAAUCAGAAAGAAUUAUUUCUUUUUGACAAAACAUCACGUACAACCGGAUAUGGGGGAUUAGUGUCAGCGAGACAGUUACAUUUCAUCUGUGGACCUUAUCCGGAAUCAAUAGCCGAUGAAAAUGUUAUGUUCGACAAGAUUACACAAACAAUUAUCUUACCGAUCUUAUUAAUUAUGCUGAUUUUAUUCAAUAGUUUAUCAUUUGUUGUUUUAACCAGACCGACCAUGAAAACACCUGUAUUUACAGUAUUAUUAGGCAUAACAGUAGUGGAAAUGUCUAAUGGUUUACUACCUUUACCAAUGUAUUUACUCAAAGCAUUUUAUGGUGAUUCUGUUUGGUGGGAGUAUAACAAACAUACAUUAUAUAAUCUGACACAAAUUUCAAAAUGGUGGAAGUAUGCUCCAUUACAGAUUUAUCAAACAAGUUCAAAUCCUACAGCAAGUGGAACACUUGCAUGGACUACAGUAUUUCUUCCAACUGUUUGUCAUACAACAGCUACUUGGUUAACAAUAUUUGUCGCAAUACAACGACUUAUCUACAUAACAUAUCCUAAUAAAGCUACAAGACUGUUUUCCAUAUUAAAAGUACGUUUUGUCUGUGUUAUUGUAUUAGUAUGUGCGUUAACUUUACACAUUCCAAUGUUUCAGUCGACUUUUGUCAGAUUUCAACCACUUCUUCUACAUGAAAAUGUUACAUUUAGAAAUUAUUCAGUUGAUUUUAAACAAAUCUUAUUAUAUGAAGCAUUGGAUUAUCUACCGUACAUUGUAAUGAAAUGUCAUACAUGUUUACCUAUUCACAUGUUUAUGUAUUUUUUAGUUCGUGUUAUACUUGUACAUUUACUGCCUUGUUUACUAUUAAUUAUAUUGACAAUAAUAAUCAUAGUGAAAAUGCGACAGAUUAAUCAGAAGCAUUUAUAUCUUACUCGAGGUAAAUUAUUACUAGAAUUCUCUAAAACAGUACCAACAUACAAACGAACCAAAUCUCAUUCAUUACCUAUAAGUUAUAAACAAACUACAUCACCAGAAAUAAACAAUAUUUCAAGACAAGAUUUGAUUGCUGUCGAACAAGUAAAUCAACUCAUUGAUCAUGAAGUGAAAAGCAAAUUCACUUGUUUCAAUUGUCUCAUUACAAAUAAAAUGAAUACCAUAUAUAAUGAUGAACAAGAUUUUCGUGAUUUGCAAUUGAAUAUGCGUCAUAAAAAUUCCACACUAUCGAUUUUAUUCAAUGAUCAUGUGAAUAAUGACCAAUGCCAUGAGAAUAAUUUACAUUUCACACCAGUAAGACGUAAAUCUCAAGUCGCUGAAUUUUUUAACAUUUCAAAUAUGCUCGUUGUGAUAUUGAUCAAAUUCAUUUUAAUUCAUCUACCUAAUGCUUUAGUGAUUUUUGUUUAUACACUGACAUUAAUGCAAAAUAGAAUCUAUGAAUUUACUAGUAAUAAUAGUGAUUUGGCUAUCAGUUCUAGUAGUAGUACAGGAGCAAGCGUAUCAGUGCAGAAAAAUGUCAAUCAAACAAUUUUAUUACCAUACACAGUGAUGGAAUUUGUCAAUGAACUACACAGUGCCAAUACAAUGAUUUAUGUAGAUGAGGCACCGACAAAAUUAAUAUGGAUGAGAGUUGUGAUAAUUUGUAAUCUUUUAAUAUUAUGUUCAUAUCUAUUGAAUUUUUUAAUAUUUUGGACAAUGUCAACACCAUUUCGAAUACAAUUUAAUAACUUAUUUAAAUGUAAAUCUUUGAGAUUGUUAGGUGCUAAAGCUUAAACUUCACUAGUUAUUAUGCCUUGAUUGAUGCUUGUCUCUAUGUAUAUUCUGUUGUAAAAAAAAGUGUUAACUUAUUCAGCAAGAGAUUUCCAUAUUAAAAAAA